AUGAGGCUAACUGCAAAUAGUGAAUGUUCUGAAAUUGAACAAACAAGGGUUUUUGCAAACUGGAUUUUGGACUUAGGAGAAGGCAAAGUUGGAGGUGAUAAUGAUGGAGACGAAAAGGAGUACUUAAGUUCAUAUAUGCUAUGUGAAUCAGAGCAACUUCACGAUCAGUUUGAUACAACUUUGUACUCUCCUGAUGUCUUAAAUGGUCUUAAAUUAUCAGGUAUACCAAACCAUAAGAUAUUACUAAAAGUUGGUGUUCCUAUCAUAUUACUAAGGAAUAUUGAUCAGAAAUCUGGAUUAAGUAAUGGAACUAGACUACAGGUGUUAUCAUUGGGAAAUCAAGUGAUAGAAGCACAAAUUAUAUCUGGAAGCAAUAUUGGAAGCCGGACAUUCAUUCCAAGAAUGUCUUUGACACUUACAGACAAACGGAUUCCAUUCAAAUUUCGAAUGAGACAAUUUCCAGUUGUUGUAUGUUUUGUCAUGACCAUAAAUAAAAGCCAAGGACAAUCAUUAUCAAAAGUUCGUUUAUUUCUAAGACAACCGGUCUUCACCCAUGGUCAGUUAUAUGUUGCUUUACCUAGAGUUAAAAGCAAACAAGAUAUGAAAGUAUUAAUUAUAGAUGAUAAUCGUAUUAUUGGCAAUGGAACAAAGAAUGUUGUAUAUAAAGAAGUAUUUAGUAAUCUAUGA